ACAAUUUUUCAUUGGCCAUUGAAAACGCAACGACCUGCCUUAUAAAUAUCCGCCUCUCUCUCAAUUUCUAUCUUCAAAGACAAUCCCCACAACCUAAAACCAAACCAAACACCACCACAAAAAGAAAAUAUAAAGAAUUUUUCUAUAUUCCAAUGGGCGAGCAAAAGGAGGCUGCUAAAAAUGACGGUGAGAAGAAGCCUGCAGCCGACGCCAGUGCGAAGAAAGAUGACGGAGUUAUCACCGUCGUCUUGAAGAUGGAAUUGCAUUGUGAAGGCUGCGCUAAGAAAGUCAAACGUGCUAUGAAACAUUACGAAGGCGUUCAGUCGGUGAAGACAGACUGUGAUGCUAAUAAAGUCACGGUGGUCGGCAAAGUGGACCCGGCGAAAAUGAAGGAGAGAUUGGAGGAGAAAACGAAGAAGAAAGUCGAGCUCAUUUCUCCUCAGCCAAAGAAAGACGCGGCUGCCGGUGGCGGAGAUAAAAAACCGGACGAGAAGAAGGCGGAGGAGAAGAAACCGGAUGAGAAGAAAGCUGAGGAAAAGAAAGCACCAAAAGAGAGCACCGUCGUUUUAAAGAUCAGGUUGCACUGUGAUGGUUGCAUCAGUAAAAUCAAGAGGAUUAUUAAAAAGAUCAACGGGGUUGAGAAUGUGACGGUGGACAAUGGGAAAGAUCUGGUCACGGUGAAGGGAACUAUGGAUGUUAAGGCGCUUGAGCCUUAUCUGAAAGACAAAUUGAAAAGGAACGUUGAGGUUGUUCCCGCCAAAAAGGACGACGGAGGUGAGAAGAAAGAUGCCAAAGCGGACGGAGGUGAGAAGAAAGAUGCCAAAGCGGCCGGAGGCGGAGAGAAGAAAGAUAAAGGAGCCGCCCCAGCAGCGGCACCAGCCGCCGAAAAAGGCGGAGAAAAGAAGGAAAAAGAAGCUCCUGCUGGUGGCGGUGACGCCCCUAAGAUGGAGGUGAGCAAGAUGGAGUACUUCGGUUACCCUUACCCGCCACCGCCUACUUACUGGUACGACGCAUCAGUGUACGGUCACCAGAGUUACCCCAUGGAGCAGCAGCAUCAGCAAGUGAUGUACGUGAACCAGGGCUACGGGAUGGAACACCAUAACCCUCACAUGCACGCGCCGCAGAUGUUCAGUGAUGAGAAUCCGAACGCCUGCUCCGUCAUGUGAAUGAAAAGACACGACAGUCGAGAAUCAAACGGUGGAUGAUGUGACAACAUUACUAGUUAAGGCUGAAAAUGUAUAUAACGAAAUGAACUGGGAGAAGAAAGUAAUUAAGUAAAUACCAAAAUUUAACUAGAAUUUUGGAAUUAUUGGGGUUUAGAAUGUAGUUGAGUAUUAUUAGACCGGUGCCGUCUGUAUAUGCGGUUCAAAAAUGUAUAUGCGGUUCAGUUGGUUGAUUGGUUGUUGGACGUUGUA